CAGAUGUGUUUGAUGCUUCCCGGGUUGCUAUUUUCCAGUCAGGGGAUCUGGCAGGAAGCAAGCACAUGAUUUGCAAGAAAGUUCUCAUUAGGUAGCCCUAACAAAGCUGAGUCAUUGGCACAGGUCUGCAAGAGGCCAUGUGAGGCCAACUAAAUCCUGCCAGCUGCCUCAGCGGGAAGAAACAGCUGGAUAAACAGCUUUGGGAAUAAUGAGCAGUAAGUAAUCAGGGAUAAGCCAAAUAAAAGGCGCACUUUACCAAAGUGUAUAUUGGAUAUAUUAAAAAAACAGGAAUGGGAAAAAGCUUACAGCGUUACCAGAAUUUCCUUCAGGAUCAAUAAAACUAUCUACCUAUAUGAAUGUCCUUACCAUAUGUAUCAUUUUUUUUUGCAUAUAGUGCAAAACUGCAGACAGGUUGAGGGUUUUAGUCGACAAGCUUGAAGAGUAUGGAAUGUCAUGCAUACCUCAACCUUUGACCUAAAAAUGUAGUAGUGUGUGACCUGAACUGCUCGCCUGCAAUUCCAUGAUCAGCAGCCACUUACUUAGUGGGGCAAAGUUGAUUUGCUGAACCUGCAAUACUGGGCCAAAUAGGAACAAUCCCCAGGUAUUGCCAUAUAUACGCGGUACUAUAACCAAUAGUGUUGCUGCUGGUGCGUGUGUGUACUCGGCGUACAUAAACGGAAGUCUCAUUUCAGUCUGAGGCCCAAAGAAAAUGGGAAUUUUGGACCCAAAGUUCAAAUUGGAGAGUAAAUAUAUCUUUUGCAUAUAUUUCCCUAAUCCCAGCAGCGGGAUUAUAAAAAUAGCACUAGCAUAAUAUUGCACUUUAUACAAAUGUACAGUAGCAACAUCAUUCAAAUGUCAAACGUUAAACCAUUUUUGCCACAUUUUUUUGCUUCCAUUCAGCGGACAUCGGGCUGCUCCUUCUGGUCUGCGCGCCAUGAAGAAUAGUUUCACAAUGAAAUCACUCCAUAAACUGCAGUAAUAUGGGUAGUUUUUUUUUGUUGUUUUUUUGUUUUUUUUUAAACAUAUCUAUCUAUCUAAUGUAUUUGCAUGCAUAACCUUUUUUUUGCUUGCAACGUCCAUUAUAUAACUUGGAAUAAGAGCAACGUGAGUCCAUUCACACCCAAAAAAAAAAGAAAAAAAAAAAAAAAAAAGAAGGUUAUUAUUGAUCAAGAGCAGAGCAAAGUUUCAUCCACCACAGCUGACUUUCUGGCCAAUCUUCGCCCAGAAGGCGGGGGAUGGAAAGUGUGCAAGAUGAUACAUAUGUUCUCCAGAGCCUCGCCGGAGCAAUCCAGCUCCGCAGAAGGGGAGGCGAGCGGCGCACGGAGACGGGAGACGGGAGCACUGUGCACACACUCGGGCAAAGAUGGUCUCAAUUAAAUCGCCGUCUCUGGCGCACAUGUCGUGCGCGCAGGUUACGCUGGUCGCGUGCGGCGUGAGCUUCGCCCUCCUGGCCGUGCUGCUCCUCCGUCAGCUCGUCAAGCAGAGGAGACCCCCGGGAUUCCCCCCCGGGCCUUCCCCCAUCCCUGUCAUUGGGAACAUUAUGUCUCUGGUCACCGAGCCGCACGUUUUCCUCAAGAGGCAGAGUGAAGUUCACGGACAGAUUUUCAGUCUGGACCUCGGAGGCAUCUUGACUGUGGUGUUGAACGGCUACGACUGCAUCAGGGAAUGUCUUUACCAUCAGAGCGAGGUGUUCGCCGACCGGCCAUCCUUGCCUCUCUUCAUGAAACUGACCAAAAUGGGCGGUCUUCUAAAUUGCAAAUACGGCAAAAGCUGGAUCGAACACCGCAAACUGGCGUGCAACUCGUUCAGGUACUUCGGCGGCAGUCAAAGGCUCUUCGAGAGGAAGAUCUCGGAGGAGUGCAUGUUCUUCGUGGACGCCAUCGACGAGCACAAGGGCAAGGCCUUCAACGCCAAACACCUGGUGACCAACGCCGUGUCCAACAUCACCAACCUGAUCAUCUUCGGCCAGCGUUUCACCUACGACGACGGCAACUUCCAGCACAUGAUCGAGAUCUUCAGCGAGAACGUGGAAUUGGCGGUGAGCAGCUGGGCCUUCCUCUACAACGCCUUCCCUUGGAUCGAGUACGUGCCCUUCGGGAAGCACCAGAAGCUCUUCCGCAACGCCGCCGAGGUCUACGACUUCCUGCUGCAGGUCAUCAAGGGCUUUUCCCAAGGCCGUGUACCGCACAUACCUCGGCACUACGUCGACGCCUACUUGGAUGAGUUGGAGCAGAACGCGGGAAACCCCGGUUCGUCGUUCUCCUACGAGAACCUCAUCUACUCGGUGGGGGAGCUGAUCAUCGCGGGCACAGAGACCACCACCAACACCCUGCGUUGGGCCAUGCUCUACAUGGCCCUCUACCCCAACAUACAAGAAAGGGUGCACCGGGAGAUCGACAGCGUUCUGACAAAUGGCCGAGCGCCCUCUUUGGAGGACAAACAGAGGAUGCCCUUCAUGGAGGCCGUCCUACACGAGGUCCUGCGCUUCUGCAACAUCGUGCCACUUGGCAUUUUCCGCGCCACCUCCCAGGAGGCGCACGUCAAUGGCUACACCAUUCCCAAAGGCACCAUGGUGAUCACCAACCUGUAUUCGGUGCACUUUGAUGAGAAGUACUGGACAGAUCCGGGCGUGUUCUCGCCACAGAGGUUUCUGGACAGCGACGGUAACUUUGUGAGACGUGAAGCCUUCCUGCCAUUCUCACUGGGGAGGCGUCACUGUCUCGGCGAGCAGCUGGCCAGGAUGGAGAUGUUUCUCUUUUUUACCACCUUGCUCCAGAGGUUCCACCUUCAGUUCCCGCCAGGAAGCAUUCCCACUGUAGCACCCAAACUCGGCAUGACCUUGCAACCCAAGCCUUACUCCAUCUGCGCCAUCCGAAGGCAGCACAAAAACACUCCUUAGAACAACCUUUCCUCCCCAGGGCGGCGCCAGGUCAGACAAAUGACAGGCCUCGUUGGGAGCUGCGGGCACAAACGAGACUUUCCAAGAACAUUCCGCACACUGCACGCUAAGGCUGGACACGGGCCGGCUUUACAUCACCUGAACUGACUUUGACACCGCCUCCAGGGAAAGCGCUUUUUGGAAAAGCUUUCUCUCGGAAGGCUGAAGGAAAGGCUGCUGGAUGUCUGUUUUUGAAUCACUUUUUUUUUUCCUUAAUGGUGCUUAUCAGUACUUACAAAGUACUUCAAUUAUAUUGUCUUUUUUUUUUUAAUACUGGUGUUUUUUAUGUUUGCUUAACUACAAAAGGCAUACAUUUCUGCUUUUAUAAAAACGCAUUUUACAAGAGUCUUUCCAUUUUGUAUAUUUUGUAUGUAAUACUUGAAGAAUCAACGGAUUACCGAGAGCAACAACAUAGUUAAGAGGAAUUGCUAUGUUGACUGGAGACUUGAAUUGGUUUUUUUUUGGUCUGUUUAAUUACAAGCCCAAUUCCGAUGAAGUUGGGACGUUGUGUUAAACAUAAAUAAAACAGAAUACAAUGAUUUGCAAAUCUUGUUCAACCUAUAUUGAAUUGAAUACACUACAAAGACAAGAUAUUUCAUGUUCAAACUGAUCAACUUGAUUGUUUUUAGCAAAUAAUCAUGAACUUCGAAUUUGAUGGCUGCAACACUUUCCAAAAAAGCUGGGACAGGUGGCAAAAAAGACGGAGAAAGUUGAGGAAUGCUCAUCAAACACGUGUUUGGAACAUCCCACAGGUGAACAGGCUCAUUGGGAACAGGUGGGGGCCGUGAUUGCUUCCCUGAAUUCUCAUUCACGAGCAAAGAUUGGGCGAGGUUCACCUCUUUGUGAACAAGUCCGUGAGAAAACAGUCCAACAGUUUAAGGACAAUGUCCCUCAAUGUACAAUUGCAAGGAAUUGAGGGAUUUCAUCAUCUACGGUCCAUAAUAUCAUCAAAAAGUUCAGAGAAUCUGGAGAAAUCACUGCAUGCAAGCGGCAAGGCCGAAAACCAACAUUGAAUGCCCGUGACCUUCGAUCCCUCAGGCGGCACUGCAUCAAAGACCGACAUCAAUGUGUAAAGGAUAUCACCGCAUGGGCUCAGGAACACUUCAGAAAA